UAUUUGUUGAAUAGGCCCACAACAUCUCAACCAGAAACAUCACCACUACAUCAUCAGAUAAACGACAUCGACCUCUAUCGUGCUGAAUGGCAAGGUAGACAGUAUUUGGCCAAUAACAAUGGUGAGGAACACAAUGAAAAUGUUACUAAUGCUUGUAUGGAUUAUAUGGAUUGGUGUCCUGAAGGAGUUAUUAAUAUGAUUUCAAGUUGGUAUUAAACAACAAAAGCUACAAUAACAACUAUAAUAGCCCCACAAAACAAAAAAUGUUAUUAUUGUCUGUUUCCUUAACGGUCGACCGAACGGACGAGUGUGUGAAAACUGAAAUUAAGUCAAAAGUGUGAAAGCAAAACUUACUCAAUAAAAGUUGUUUUAAAAUUCUUUCA